AUGGCAGCUGUCGAGCUAGAGCUUGAAGAGAGAGUCUCCCUACUCUAUUUACUGUGGAGAGCAGAGCAGCGGCGUAAAAGACGUCCUCGCCGUACCUGGGUCCAUCAGCUCCUCCAGAGGCGUGAGCAGUUUGGUGAGUUUCACCAUUUGCUCCAGGAGCUGCGCCUAAAUGACGGCCGAUUCCAGCGAUACCACCGUAUGUCACCCGGCCAGUUUGAGGACCUGCUUUCCCGCGUCGGUCCCAGGAUCGCCCGCCGAGACACCAACUACAGGCGCUCAAUCCCACCUGCAGAGCGGCUGUCCAUCUGCCUGAGGUUCCUUGCCACCGGGGACUCCUUCAGGACCAUCGCGUUCAGUUUCCGAGUUGGUGUGUCCACGGUGUGCCAGAUCAUACCCCAGGUAGCGACGGCCAUCUGGGACUGUCUAGUGGACGACUUCAUGGCUGUGCCUUCAACUGCAGACUGGCGGUCCAUUGCAGAGGGAUUCCAGGAGCGCUGGAACUUCCCCCUCUGCUGUGGAGCUCUGGAUGGGAAGCACGUCCAGAUGAAGGCACCCCCCAACUCAGGAUCCAUGUUCCACAACUACAAGGGAACUUUUUCCAUUGUUCUCCUUGCGGUUGUGGAUGCAAGGUAUCGCUUCCGCAUCAUUGAUGUUGGGGGGUACGGGAGGACCAGCGACGGUGGUAUUCUGGCCAACUCCACCUUUGGUCAGGCCCUUCGGGCUGGGACUCUCCAUCUGCCACCUGACCAGCCUCUACCUGGCGGCGAACACCGUGGAGCCCAGCCCCAUGUCUUUGUGGCUGAUGAAGCGUUCCCACUGCGGCGUGAGCUCAUGAGGCCAUUCCCUGGACGCCUCCUCCCUCUAGAGAAGAGGAUCUUUAACUAUCGCCUUUCCAGGGCCAGGAUGAUAGUGGAGGGUGCCUUCGGUGCCCUCUCCUCACAGUGGAGAUUGUAUCGGCGCCCCAUGGAGCUCCGUCCUGAAAUUGCAGAGAAGUGUGUGAAGGCAACGUGUGUCCUCCACAAUUUCCUGUGCUGUUUGGAUGACAGAGGGGCAGCUGCUGUGAGGGGUGUGGCACCUGCUGUGGUGGAGCCGUUGCAAGGCCUGGGUCGUGUAGCAGCAAACCACUCCUCCAGAGAGGCUGUCCUGGUGAGGAAGAAAUUCAUGGCCCACUUCUCGGCGGAGGGAGCUGUGUCUUGGCAGCCAAAGGAGUAGCCUGUUUGAAGUCCGAGUGACUCCCCCACAACGGCUCUUUUAAGAGCCACCCACAAACCUCCAAAGAGUGUUCCUGUCUUCUUAUAUUUGUCUUAAUAAAUGGAGCUCCACUCCAAAAUAAA